AUGGCAACCACAUCAACAUCAACGUCGACAUCUACAUCUACAUCCACGGACAGCGCCCCUCGUCCCAAAUACCCGAAUCCAAUGCCUCUGUCGGCAGCGCAAGAGCAGCAGGUGAAGGAGCUAUAUUAUAAACGGGUCAGAGGGUAUUGUGCAAAAGAGAUAAAAGCAUUCGCGGAAUGCGUCGUAAACCGCACCAUCACUGCAACCUGGGUUUGUCGACAGCAACGACUCGCCAUGAACGCAUGCAUGGUGGCACACGCAAAGCCAGAGGAGGAGGACCGCGCGCGCGAGGAAUGGUUCGCCAGCCGUGAGGCCCGACGGCGGCAGCGGGAAGAAGAAGCUGCCAAUGUGGAGAGGAGACGACAGGAGGUCAUCCAGAUGAUGAGAGAGGACGAAGAGAGGAGAAGAAAGCAAAGAGAGGAGAAAUUGGCCAGCAGGUGA